CUCCAGUGAUGACUCGGAUAAGUAGGAGCUACAUGAAUGUGACAAGUUCGAGUUCUCCACCUUUAAUGAAAAACCAGUCCCAGGAAUGACGAGUCAUUGAUUCGACCUUAUGGUGAUAAGAAACUGUGGUACUGAAGCGGUAACCAGCUAUAAGAGCGUAUUCGGAACGACUUCAAAAUAUGCCGGUAACAUCGGGCGAAGCAACAGCAAAAGCUUGAUGUAUGUGAGGAAGAGAGAGUAUAGACCACUAGUCUUGGACCAUGAAAUGCGAGGCGGAAUAUUACGAGCCAAGACCAACGACUCGGGUGCGGGCACGUCCAACGUAAAAAGCCAGAAACUUGUUAUUAGUAUGCAAGCCAGUAGCGGGGUGCUGCUGCUGCCACAUGCAGGACAACUUUAACGGUCACAUGGAUGUAGUGUAGACUUAGCUAUUGUGAGUCAAUUAGGAGUGUCAUUGAAGAAGCUCCCCAUUGAAUUAAAUUAUGGACAGCAUUUUGCACAAGUCUGCCGAGUAAGGGCCAGUUAUGGACCAUAUAGCCUGAGACGCUACGAUAACAUACGAGGAGUGUACCAUAAAUGAGUUGAAUUUGACUUCAGAUGGCUACUUCGAAGCGUCCUCGUGCCAGCCUGGAUGCCAGUGCACAGAAGGGCGCAGGUUGACCAUCUACCACAUAUUGUUCUUCAUUUUGAUAAUUUGAAAAACAAUACUGUUAGCGUUAGCAAAAACAAAAAAAACAAAAAACAAAAAAAAAACAAAAAAAGGUUGCCAAAGUG